ACACCACUUUUCUCCCUUGCUGUAUCACACGCAGAGUUCUUUUUCUGCUGUUUUUCUAGUUACUGACACAAUUUCCUGACAAUAAGUGUCCAUAUUAUGUUUGUCCCUAUUACAGCACAGACUGAAAAGGAGAGAGUAACAUCCUAUGAGUAGCUGAACAGUGGGUGGAAAAUGGUAGUAGAUUAUUUUCUCCAAAGAAAUUGGUUAUGGUGGAGGUGAGGAAAGAAAAACUGACUUACUCCCAUACUUACUUUUUUCUUCAGGUACAGCACAGCCACACAAUCUUGAGGGCAUGCUGCGUAAUUGCAUCUAGCAGUCAAGGAGCGUGCACCCUGUGGGGCAUCCUGCUCUGCGAUGGCUCACUCCAUCAUUGCUGCAGAGCCUUGCUGGGCUUUCAGGUUGCUGGGCAAUCAGCCCUGGGAUCUUUUGAGUGAUAUCCAGAGCACCAAGUGGAAAGAGGCAGAAAGAACUGAUAUAUAUCAGAAUCUAAUCUGCUUUGGAAAUGCCAAAACUGUUAGGGCCUCAGGAGCUACAAGCGUUGUGAACCUCUUCAAACAUGGAACGUUGGGACUCCCUGGGAUUUUUGGUGGUCACACUCAACUAUAAUGUGACUAUUGUAGGAAAGAUCUGGCUAAUGUUUGUAAUUCUGCUGCGAAUGGCAGUGGUAGUGUUAGCAGGCUAUCCACUCUACCAAGACGAGCAGGAGCGCUUUGUCUGCAACACCCUGCAACCAGGAUGCUCCAACAUUUGCUAUGACUUGUUUUCUCCUAUAUCACACUUUAGAUUCUGGGUCAUUCAGACUGUGUCCAUCCUGCUACCUUAUGCUGCAUUCAGCAUUUAUGUUUUGCACAAGGUAGCUAUGUACAUUGUAAGAAUGCAUUACUCAGUGGAUGGAGGCAAAGGGAAUAAAGAUUUAUCAAGACCCAAAGACGUGAAGGAGCUCUGUAAAGGUGCUGUUGUCAACAGAUUAAAUUGUGGUGCAGAUAAUCUAAGUGUCCUUAAUUUUUCCAGGGCAUAUACGGUUCAUCUUUUUUUUAGGACACUACUUGAGGCUGCCUUUGCAGCUAUGCAAUAUUUUCUUUUUGGAUUUUUUGUUCCUGAUAGCUUUUCCUGCUACCAUACACCUUGUACAACCACAGUUGACUGUUAUAUCUCCCGGCCCACUGAGAAAUCCAUUAUGAUGAUUUUCAUCUGGGUAGUGAGCAGUCUAUCCUUUCUCCUUAGUCUUGCUGAUCUUGUCUGUGCUUUCCGGAGAAUGACAGCAAGAAACCAAAAGAUCAAGCUGCUGGCAAAUCUCCACUCGGAGAAUGAGAGCAUGUUAACUCUUCCCCCAGUACAGCAUGGUAGCUCUUCUCCACCUCAAAAUCAAGACUGUCUGGUAUUGAAUAGCUGCCAGACCAGCGAUGGCUCCUGUUCACUUCUCUCUGAAGAGGAAGAAGAGGCUGCUCUUCAUCCUGAAAUUGUAUUUCAACAGACUGCCAGCACUAACCUUAACAGCAACACCAACAAGCCCUAUAUAUCAGAUGAUCCUGCUCUUAAGCAAGAUAGCACUGAAGAACCCUUGUGUGCCAGUGACAGCCAAGAGACUACAUGCAGGCAAGUGAGACCCAGGCUUCAGCAAGGCUUCAUUAAAGAUACUGCCCUGACUUUGAGGCCUCAGAACAAGUCCAGCCUCGGAGUAGUUCAGAGCAACGUUUUAGGAUACCACCCUUCACCUGAGCUAAAAAACCCUGAUGCACAAUCAAAUUAUAGCAGUAAUAGUUGCUUGAGGUCAAAAAAGUCAGAAUGGGUAUAGGGCCAGUGGGCACUACCCUAUGACCCUGGCAGAACAAAUCAUUGCAUCACUGAGAAGCUUCCAGGUAUUUUCAGUUGGAUCCCUCCGCUGUGGUUAUGCUGCAGAGAUACUCCAAUAUGCUGUGUUCCUCUAAUGACAAGAAAGCAAAAAUAUUGGAUAAGAUUUUGAAGAAUAUUAUAUUGAGGGAAGUGGAAAAUGUAACACCUUUAUGAUUUUCUGAGCGUAAAUGACUUUAAAAGCUAUGGACUGUCACUGCUGUGGCUGACCCAGUUUUCCAGGAGUACGUGUGAACACUUGUUUACCAUAACCUAGUUUUAUUGCAAAAAAAUUGUUCUUAGGAAAGAUGUGACUUUUAAACACAGUUGUGCUUUGUCAGCUGUCAGAAGGUUAAUUUCUCUCCUCAUACUAAAUUCUCAAAGCCCACUCUAAGAAAGGAUAUUUAAGCAAGAAGAGUAGACAGUGAAUAAAAUAAAAAUACAUGUUUUGUAGCAACGUGUUAAUACAUUAAAAAAAAACCCCCAAACUGGAUCUUACUGAUUGAAAGCUAUACCUGUCCUAGCUAAUAAUGCCAUGGUAGUACCUUUCUCUGAUCCUGACAUCAGCUGGCACAGUCUGACCAUGUCUGAGUUAUUCAACUCCAAUCACCUCCAAAACAGGGUGGCUGCAUCCAAAUUAGCUGUUGGGAAUCGUCCUGUGCUCAAGAAAGGCUCAGGAGAUAGCUAACCGGUGUGAACCAGCAGGGUGUCAGGGAGUGCUCCAGUAGCUUGACCGUGCAGAGGACUGAGCUCCUGUGCCCAUGCCCUGGCAUUACUAACGGUGCACCAGUGGAGGUGUACUACUGACGUGUCUCCAAGAUGUAACAUGUCUCAAUCUGAAAUAGUCUCACUCAGCUUUUGUUUUGAGUAGGCAGCAUGAGUCACCUCACCAGUUUUAGGCAUCUGUGAAGGUAUGAUGACUCAUUUUCUAGAUAUACCCAUUUCUCCCACAAAGUCAUUAUCUCAGACCUGAGCUUAGGGAAAAUGGUUUCUAUCCUGAAAGAAGGAUAUUGUGGCAAUGUCUAUAUCAAAGUACUCACCCUCUUUGUCUGAGAGACUGCUAAUGCUAAUAAUUUGAAAAUCUGUGAAUCACACAAGACUUUAUUGCUGUCAUGCUUUGUACUUUCCUUCCAAGUUAAUUCUGUGGCAUUUAAUAAGUGUGGUCCAGCACUGAAGCACAGCAGUGUGUGAGAUGAAUUUGCUUUUAGGUACAAGUCAGUGGGGGUUGAAGGUUGCAUAUACCUCCAGCUCAUCAGUGGGAAGGGAUGAGGAGGAGCAUAUACUCAGAGAAAUGUACUGGUGGUAGUGUCUUACAAAACAGACUAUUCAGAGCGUGGCAAGAGCUGGUAUUUGUAGAUACUGCUUGUACCUGGAGUAGCUAUGAUGCUGUUUAGAUCCAGACACAGAUCUUAGUCUGCCACGUAACAAGUUUCUGUAAUGACUUAAUGGCUGGCUCCUCUGUGCAGAACAUCAAGGAACAACAGCUUUCACAUUCUUCCUUUUCUCUCCUACGUGUGCAGUAAUCUUUAAGACAGUUUGGCUCAUAAUGUCUGUGUAUCAUUUCUCACAUAUGCAAAGUAAAGACUAGCACUGAAUUAUUCCUCAUCUUCUGCAUCCUCUCAAAAACUAGGUAGCUUAAUGGAUGGUCAGAACUGCUCUUUGGGCCAGGAGGGCAGAAUUGACUUCUAGCAAAAUACUGCAGGAUCCUGAGGUAAAAUUCAGAAGCAUGAUUCAGAGAUCUCCUGCCCGAGUCAACAAGG